AUGCAACAAGAAGCUCAAUCAAAUGAAGCUCGCUGGGGCAAUCCUUUGCUAGGACAGCUAGCAGGCGAUCUCGCCGCGGCAGCAGCCUCGGCGUCCUUAGUGACACCCGCGGUCGCAAUUAUCGAUAGAGCGCUUGUCGAGCAAGCUGCCUUCAAACAACCCAUUCUCCGCGGACUUCAUCGGCAUGCGCUCGCGGCCCUCCGACGGCCGGGUCUGUUUGUUUUCCAACGGCCAUUCGGUAUUGUCUGGGCCCUCUAUGCGGCAACCUAUUCCGUCGCAAAUGUGACCGACACAAUCAGUCACAAGCUUGAGAUAACCGCCGCGGGGACGAUCACAUUUGCCACGACGAUGAUGGCCAAUGUGCCGCUAGCGCUGUGGAAGGACAUCCGAUUUGCGCAGGAAUACGGAACCGGCAGGGGUCCCGAUGCCAAGACAUUGACAACAAACACUCCAAUCUCUGUACUCCAGAACAAAUCUUUGGCACGAACUGCAGCUGCUAUCUUCCUCGCACGAGACGGUGUGACUAUCUUUGGGUCAUUUACUUUGGCCCCGUGGUUGUCGGAUGCCAUCCCCGACCGCUUGAUGACUCAUCCCAACGCAAAGCCGAUCAUCACCCAGUUGACCGUGCCCGUCUUAACUCAGCUGGUUGCUACUCCGUUACAUUUAUUGGCAUUAGAUAUGUACACACGGCAAUAUACUAUGCCCUUCCUAAAAAGGGUAAAGCACUCGCAGCGAUAUCUGCCCUCGUCAACUUUGUUGCGUUGUGUCCGUAUCAUUCCUGCGUUUGGAAUUGGGUGCUUGACGAAUAUAGAGUUGCGAUCUGCUCUUCAUGCCAAAGUCUCGGGUUGA